GACGCAGGAAAGAUGCCCGCAUCGCAGACGGGAUUCGGCAACUUCUUCUUGGAGAGGAACAUCAGCAUGCCGACCGGAUAUCAGAUCCCAGUGCUGGGGUGCCCGCCGGGCGUGCAACAGCAGCAGGCUCAGCAUCUGGCCGCGAUGGCAGCCGGGGUUCCCAUUACAUACUCGGGACUACAGGGAUACAACUUUAUCCCGUAUCCGCACCACAGGCACAUCGCACAAAUGAGCAACAGUUUCGACUUGAAGGCCGCCUCUCCCUACCACCACGCGCUUCUGGGCCGCGGGGGGCCCUUCUACGCGCCCUACCGUCCGGGAGCAGCCGAGGAUCCCGGUAGGGUCACCAAGGUGGCCACGCGAGAGAGCACCGGGGCGCUCAAGGCCUGGCUGAACGAGCACCUGAAGAACCCGUAUCCGACCAAGGGCGAGAAGAUCAUGCUCGCCAUCAUCACCAAAAUGAGCCUGACGCAGGUCUCCACCUGGUUCGCCAACGCCAGGCGACGCCUGAAGAAGGAGAACAGGGUCAGCUGGGCGUCUAAGGCGAAGUCAGACGAGGAGGAUGAGGAGCAGGAGGGCGAGAGCGACGACGACGACAGCCCCCUGCAGAAAUGCCACUUGGAUGAGCGGGAUGAGGCAGAGCCUCAGGCUGACCGCACGGACGCCGGCGGGCACGUCCAGGGCGCGCUGGAGAGCUCAGCGCCCUCGGACGCGCGCCUGGAGAUGCCGCCGCAGCAGCCGAGCCGCCAGCACGAAGACAGAGAGGUUGCACUUGGCACGAAAGUUGAAACAAGUGACUCCGAUCACACGCCAUCCGCCUUGGAGGGCAAAGAAAACAUCUCCGGCCAGAAACCCAAAAUCUGGUCUUUGGCGGAGACCGCCACCUCAGAGACUGUGAAGAAACCCCUGGACAAUAUUUACCACCCGGCCGGAAAGCUGUGGGCUGACUGGGCUUCGAGAACCGGACUGUUUGUUCCCUCGUGUUAUACCACUCACGAAAUCGUCUAAGCGGGUGUUUAGACGCAGACUAGAGACUUUUUUUUCCACACCUUUUGCACUUUAAUCUUUCAGGGAUCUCCUGAACCUCGCCACGAAAUGAAAAUCUGUUUUGAGACCAAAGACUUAACAUUGCUGUGUCACUGUAAAUAAAUGUAGAUGUAUUUUUCCACCACCGACCUUGUAAAUUAUGUUUUUUU